UAUAAAUCCGUAUAGUACCCAAAGAACGAUUUUCACCAGUACGCCAAUCAGCUACACACAAAUACAUAUAUACAAUAAUUAAUAAUGGAUAGUGCUGCUGGAGAGUUCCACGUGAGUGUGACCAAUGAAGAGGUGGUAGCAGCGGUUCUACCAACUCAAGAACACUGGCUACCACUCUCUAACCUCGAUCUACUCCUUCCUCCGGUAGACGUUGGAGUCUUCUUCUGCUACAAGAACAACAACACAAUGGUGAUGAAUAGCUUUGCAUCCAUGGUGGGGUGUUUGAAGAAAUCGCUGUCUCAAGCUCUUGUGUCUUACUAUGCAUUUGCCGGCGAAGUGGUGGCCAACACGGCGGGUGAACCCGAGUUGCUAUGCAACAACCGUGGAGUUGAUUUUGUUGAAGCUGUCGCAGACAUUGAGCUUCACUGUCUCAACUUGUACAAUCCUGAUGUCUCCAUUGAAGGGAAGCUUGUUCCCAAGAAGAAGCGUGGCGUGUUUGUGGUCCAGGCAACAUCACUCAAGUGCGGUGGGAUAGUAGUGGGAUGCACAUUUGAUCAUCGAAUAGCAGAUGCAUACUCAGCAAACAUGUUCCUUGUAUCAUGGGCCAACAUGGCCCAACCCACCAGGCCCAAGCCCAAGCAACCUUGCUUCCGUCGCUCCCUUCUCAGUCCCCGCCGCCCAGGGUUCAUCCACCCCUCCCUCCACAACAUGUACAUCCCCAUCUCCAAGCUCCCACCACCAGCUGCCACCACCACCUCUCUCCUCAGCCGCAUUUACUAUGUCACGGCAAAGCAGCUCCAACACAUGCAUUCACUCGCCACCGACAAUGGCGCCACCAAGCACACAAAACUCGAGUCAUUCUCCGCGUUCUUGUGGAAGAUGGUUGCUCGUGCAGCUUCAACAGACAUCAAAGGCAAAAAGGUUGUUGCCAAAAUGGGCAUAGUGGUGGAUGGAAGGAAGAGGCUAGCCGAUAGUGGUGGUAGCAGUUGUGAUGGAGAAAAAGGGAAAAAAUCACUGAUGAAUUCUUAUUUUGGAAAUGUGCUUUCCAUACCCUUUGGUCAAAAACUGGUGGAGGAGCUGGUGGAGAAACCAUUAUGGUGGGUGGCAAAUGUGGUUCAUGAGUUUUUGGAGGUGGCAGUAACAGAGGAGCACUUUCUAGGACUUAUUGACUGGGUGGAAACACACCGGCCGGUUCCUGGGUUGGCGAAGAUCUAUUGCAGUGGCGCCGAGGAGGGGCCGGCUUUCGUUAUAUCGUCUGGACAAAGGUUCCCGGAGGAGAAGGUGGAUUUUGGGUGGGGGAAGGCUGUGUUUGGUUCUUAUCAUUUUCCUUGGGGUGGAGAUGCUGGCUAUGUGAUGCCAAUGCCAAGUCCUCUUGUGAAUGGUGAUUGGGUUGUUUACAUGCACCUUGUGAAGGAACAAUUAUACACAAUUGAGUCUGAGGCUUCUCAUUUCUUUAUGCCUUUAACUUGGGAGUACCUUAACCAAUGAUAUACACAAGUGGGAGAAGAACAAG